AUGCGGCGGAUAUUUUCGCAGUUUGCUGCUACUCAAACAUUUCGACUUUAUUCAAAUGCUGCUGGAACGAGUAAGAAUUCAACAACGAAUAAAUCAUCUAAUAAUACCUACAUAGCAAUUGAACGGAAAAAAGAUUGGAAAAAAUCAGCUGAUAGGUUUGGUACAUUGAGUUCAUUCGAAAAGAAACUUCUACCACUGAAAAUAUCUCAUGGUCCAAAGCAAACAAAUGAUACUUUUGAAGAAGUUGGAGGUAUAUUUGAAGAGGAAGAAACGGAGGAAGAUAGCAGCUGGACAUCCAGUUUUUUGCGAUCAAAAUUCAAAGAAAGCAACAAAGAAUUACCUAUAAUCACGGAACCUGUGGCCUUUGGUCGGAAACAACGAAAAAAGUUGAGGAAAAAGAAAGAAGCUGAAGAAGAGUAUGAGAAGUUGUAUGGUGUAGAUCGAACUACAGCAAAAGUUAUCAUUGAUUGUGCUAGGAAGGAAUAUAAUCAUUAUGAAGGUAUGCGAUAUCCUCCAGGUGAUAUACUGUUAGCAAGUACAUAUUGGCUAAAAAGCAAAUAUAAAAAUGAUUGGUUCACUAUUUAUCCGAUCAUGAAAAAGAAUCCAUCAUUUAACCGUGAUGAAUCAUUUUCCUGGGAUGAAAAUACUAGUCUACUUGAUCCAUUAAUCAUUGAAAAUGCUCGAAAACUUGGUUUUCGUGUGCCAACAGUCAUACAGCGUCGAGCAUUCCGAGCCUUUAAAAGUGAUGCACAUCUUCUUAUAGCUGCUGAAACAAGUUCAGGUAAAACAGCAGCUUAUGCUGCACCAAUAUUGUCUGCUUUAUUACGUAAUUUGGAUCGAUGUGCAAAAGCUGUUGUGCUAGUUCCUACACAUGCGCUGCGCAUGCAAACUUCAUUUAUGAUUAGCAAGCUUGCCGAAGGCACUGAUAUGAAAAUCAUUGGAGGUAGUGCGGGAUGGCGAGUCGAAAAAUUGGCUAACGAAGAGGACUGGAAUAUUCUUGUUAGUACACCUGGUUUUUCUCCGGAAUUUUUCGCAUCUCUCAAUAUUGAUUAUGUUGUUUUGGAUGAAGCUGAUAUGUUGCUCGAUGAUAGUUUUUUGAAUGAUAUCAGUAGAUUACUUGGUCCUCUUAAAAUACGACAUUCGGUGACUGAUAAGAAUGCUACAGAUGGUGUACGUUUGAUUUUCUCAUCCGCUACAUAUCCUGAUCAGUUACAAAGAAUUGCUGAAAGUAUAGUGGAUAAUGAUCAUUUGUACUGUGUCAAAACUGAGAAUUUGCAUCGUAUUAUGCCUCACGUAAAGCAAACUUUCGUCAGAAUCAGAGAAAUGGAUAAAUUAGAGAAAUUAAAAGAAUUACUUCUAAAAGGAUUGUCUUUUGCAAGUGGCCAAACUUUAAUCUUUUGCAAAGAUUUAAAAAAUGUAAAUUUGAUAUCAGAUUCAUUAAAAAAAGUGGGCAUCGAGCAUACUUCUCUGAGUGGUGGUCGUAGAACAGAACGGCUAAUUGAUGAGUUACACAAUGGUACUCUGCGUGUUAUUAUAGCAACGGAUGUUGCUAGCAGAGGUUUAGAUUUUCCUCAACUAAGGCAUAUCAUUAAUUACGAUUUUCCGCGGCAAAUAUCAGACUACGUCCAUCGAUGCGGUAGAAUUGGUCGUAUUGGAAGUUUGCAUAAAUGUCUAAUGACAUCAUUUGUCCGACGAGCUUGGGAAGUAAAGCAUGUGAAUUCCAUUGAAUUGGCUGCACGACUUGAUCGACCACUUGAAGAUGUGGAGCUGAAUGAUCCGGCAAGAUUGAUGGGUUUGCAGAGGAAUUUAAUUUCAUGA